GUUUUCUUUCGUGUACUGGUGAUGAGAGUGAUUUACAUGUAAGGCAGUAUUAAGUUGAAGCCGCUCUGAAAGUUGCAUUGUAGUGUAAAGGGUUGUGAUUUUAACUGAUAAUAUAUGAUGCUGAAUAACUACCGCAAUAGUGAUUAAUUUUGACGGCGCGUUAAGAGAUAUCAGUAAUAUUAAUUUUAAUUUUACGACUGCAGUAAAGCGAGAUAAUCAAAAUAUAAUUAGAUAUAUGAGGACAAUCUUAACAUACCUAGAUAUAGACGGGUUGUGUCAAUAUUAGGAGAUAACUGAUUUAAACACUUAUUAGUUAGAUAUUGAAGUGGCCUUCUUCAUAUCUAUGGUUUUGCAAUAUUUAUUUGGUACAUAAGUAUGCAGUUUGUUAUGAUUUUCUAAAGCGAUUAGUAGUUUUCACAAAGAAAUAAUGGAUAAUACGUAUGUCAGUAUGGACCCGAAAGGUGGUUUGCGGACAAUGUACAGACGAAAAGGUCAAGUUCGAAAGUAUAUGUUUAUGAUAAUGACCACAGGAUAUCUUGCGUUGAUAUGUUUGUCUUUCGUUUUGAAAUCGGAGUAUCUAGAAAAACUGCAUGGAAAAACGUCUCGCGCAGGAGCUGGAAUCCACGAGGAAAGUGCCGGGAACGGAAGAUAUAAACGUCAGGCUGAUUUCACUACGCAAGAAUCCCUUGGUGCAGUCGGUGUUGAAGAAAAGAACUGUACCUCUCGAGCGAUCGAAGAGUUCCCUAAAAACUGGUUCACACUUAAGGAGACCCAGGAUGGGGCCAUUGCACUCCAUAUUGCCAUAGCACUGUACAUGUUUGGGGCUCUUGCAAUAGUUUGUGAUGACUACUUUGUGCCAUCUUUGGAAUUCAUUUGUGAACGACUUAACCUCCAGGAGGACGUUGCCGGGGCAACCUUCAUGGCGGCCGGAAGUUCUGCACCAGAAUUUUUCACUUCCGUUAUAGGUGUAUUUAUUGCCAAGAGUGACGUUGGAGUCGGUACGAUUGUCGGAUCAGCUGUCUUUAACAUUCUGUUCAUCAUCGGCGUCUGUGCAAUCUUUGCUGGCAUGGUGGUGAAGCUGACAUGGUACCCAAUGACUCGAGAUUGUCUGUUCUACCUAAUCUCAAUAGCAGCCCUUGUCAUAGUCAUCGACGACGAACAGGUCUACUGGUACGAAGGGCUAGUGCUGGUGAUCCUCUACAUGAUUUAUAUCUUGAUAAUGUAUUUCAACCGUUACCUGGAGGACAAGGCGAUACACUACAUGAAGCCCGUCAUCCGGUACUUUAGGAGUAAAGCAUGUAAAGACGUAGAGGCUGACGAAAAACAACCCCUCUCAGAGAAUUCUCUGGGCAGUAACUAUACAUCGGACAAGGCGAGCACAUCUUCUGCUGACCUGAAACCACAGCAAACUGGCUUCUCUGCAGCGAGUACAAGCUCAGAGGAGCCGAUUGUCCACCAUCCAGAAGAGGAAAAGCCAUACAAAUCCCCGUUUAUCGUUCCCGACGGGGCAGCACUACGUAUGUACUGGGUCAUUAUGAUGCCGCUGAAGUGUAUAUUCUUCGUAUCCAUCCCCGACUGCCGACGGGAGGGGGCGUGGCACAAGUUUUACAUAAUGACCUUUAUCAUGUCCAUUGUCUGGAUCGCAGCUUGUUCCUACCUCAUGGUGUGGAUGGUGACAAUCAUUGGAGACGCGCUUGACAUUCCUGACACGGUGAUGGGUUUAACCAUACUUGCCGCCGGAACCUCUGUACCCGACUGUCUCAGCAGUAUUUUCGUCGCAAGAGAUGGUUACGGCGAUAUGGCAGUAUCCAAUUCUAUCGGUAGUAACGUAUUCGACAUCUUAAUGUGUCUAGGGCUACCCUGGCUUCUCGACACAGCCAUCGUGAAAAAGGGCGACCCUCUCAUUAUCAACAGCGGAGGGAUCUCGUACUCGGCACUUAUUCUUCUGUUUACGGUUGCUUUUAUGUUAGUUUGUGUAAACCUCGCAAAGUGGAAACUUACAAAACCGUUUGGCGCUCUAUGUCUGGUUGUAUAUGUCAUUGUUAUAAGUAUAUCGUGCUUGUUUGAGUUAAACGUUUUUGGUGACUUCGUUGCAAAGUCCUGUCCGAGGUCGGAAUCCUAAUACGAAAUUAGUCUUGGUAAUUGCUUUGCAAAUAAAAUGCAACUAAUAUUUUAGAAGACUUUUAACAUUGUCUUCACUGUUGACUAAUUGCAAUAACAUGAAUUUGCCUGCCAUGAGUUCGGUUAAGUCUAACGAAAAAUGUGUUUACGGCAAGCGUUUACGAUUAGGUUCCUUGCUUGCGAUGAAUGCGACUGUUAGCCUUAGCGGAACUCAUAUUAGGGUUGGUAUUAGUAGUUACCAGUAUAUGUACGCUUUUUACAUUUUUACAUUAGACAUAUUACAUUUUACCCUUUUUCAAAUUAUUUCAACGUUUCUUUAGGAUGAAAAUAUCGCACAAGAUGAAUAUUAAAUAUCAUGAGCGCAGUUAUAUUUAAAGUAUAUUGUUAUGUUUGAUUAUUGUGAACUUCCCAUUUGACAUAUUAUAGUAAUAGUGUAUGUUUUUAAACACAUAAAAUGUGUUAAUAUUCACAAAUUGCUAUGAGUUAUUGCGGUAGCGCAUCUAACAAUGCAAUAUAUUUGAAAUAUGGUAUAUUGAUUGCCAUCAGUUUGGGAAAUAUUAGCAGUUUGAUUAGCUAUAUUGUAAAACUAUUUGUCAUUUCAUUUUUUGUUUGCGUUUUAUUGUCACCGAGCGAAUAGUCUUAUCUAAUUUACUCGUUAGCAGUGUUUGUAAAAAAAGUUAUUAUGACAACUUCAGCUACACAAAAGGAGAUUAAUUCUGUUUGCCAAAAUGAUAGAAAUUUGCAAUGGUUUUCGGACAAGACUAGCAUUAAACCAAUUUGGUUUCUAUUUUCAAUUGUUGGUCUUCAUCCAAUCUCAUAAUAAACAUACCCUAAUUAGGACCUGAGGUUACCACAGAGAAGGUCACUUUCUGGCGAGUUUACGAUGAGCCAAUCAGAUGCUUCUUUCCCGGAUAUCAUAAAAUAACGAGGUACUCAUAGUGACACGAUAUUCAGCUGGUAUCAGAGAUUUAGAUUAAUUAAGAAAAAUGUUCUUAAACCAUUUAUUAAGCUACUGUAAUCAAAACCGAAGACAUUGGUUAACAAUUUCUCUUUACCAUCCCCUUUUCUUCUUUUUUUGUCCGUUGCUAAUAUUAUGUUCAUACAUACAAACAGUAUGUACAGGAUGUAUAUUUACAUUUUGUUCUAAAUACUCUUAAUCAUGCAAUAAGCAUAAAACGUACGUAAACAGGCUCUUUUGGGGCAAUGAACAAUUAAAUUACUGUUAAUUGAAAGAUAUGUGACAUCGUUAGCGAAAAUGAGUCUUAUCCAAGGAGGCUGGAAAGAAACAAGAUUUGUUCAUUGAUCGGAUUGAAUUAGCAUAAUUCAACCUUUCCUUAAAAAGCAGGGAAACUGCUUUUGUGACUCUAUACGAUCAACUGAAAAAUCAAAAUGGUCCAUCCUAUACGUUUUCUCCUCAUGAUUCUAUUUUCCAACCUGUAUCACAAUUAUGUUAAGUUUGUUGUUGAUAUUGUUGAUUGUUGAUUUGUGUAUUAUUAAAGGAAAUGAAAUAAAGUAAUUCAUUGCAGA